AUGAAGGCCUUGAUAGAAACUGUGAAAACUAUGAGUGUUAGAUCCAGAGCAGCUGGAAAUAGCAUAAAAUUCCUUGAUCACACUUGGAAUGAUCCUGGCUGCCAAAGAUUAAUUGAAAAAAUGAACACAAUGACUCUUGAUCAAUUAGGCAUUGAAGGACCCGAUGAUCCUUAUCACUUCCAGAAGGGCUUGAACCGCAUAACUAUAGAAGCGAGUGAUGACUACAGAUUAGUGCUAUUCUUCAUAAAGAAGGGAACAAUCAUGCCUCUACAUGAUCAUCCUAACAUGUGCGUAUUUUUCAGACUACUUUUUGGAAAACUAGAUUACAAAUCUUAUGACAAGCUUGACGAUAAAUUCAAAUACAAUCGAUUCUCUCUGGACGAGUAUCAGGAAAUAUUGGGCAACAAGAAAACAAUCUCAGCAAAGCUUGUCAACAAGACUAUUCUUCACGGUCCACAAUUCUUAAUGGUGAGACCCUCAAGGAACAACUUACAUGCAUUUGAAGCUUAAGAAAAUACUUGUUUCUUUGAUAUCUGUCUUCCCAACUACACAACAGAUAGUUUGAGAAGAAUCACUUAUUUUAAGGAGGUAUGCCCAACUCAAAUGGACUAAAUGGACGCUGCUGAACUAGCAGACAACACUGCUGAGCUUUCCACAGCAAAGCCUAAGGGACUCACAUACUUGACAUACGAUACUACACCACCAAAGCUCCCAGUCAACUUUGAAAUAGAAGAAGUACCCUACAGAGGUAGACUUUUAUGA